AUGCAUUGGCACCAGCCUUCGCCACUCUGGCGUAAACGGGUGCGUACCGAUCGAAUCACGUCGGCAUUCCUGGCCUUUCUCGCAGUCUGUGCUGCAGAACCGGUCACGGACUCUCAUAAUUCGCAUGUUGAGUCGAGAUUGAUGGCAGCGGAUAAGUCGAAUACCGUUUGCCAGGCGCCACCCGCUGGGGAUUUGGGGACGGAGUAUAUACGAUAUCCAAUCUGUCUGGAAACGAGAUGGACUGCCGGUGGGCCGAUGCGGCAUACUACAAGUGUCGAUAUGGCAUCUGCAGCUACCUCUACCAGUGUAUAUCUGGAUGCCAGAGAUAUAACGGUAUCGGUGCCAGGUCACACAGGCGCUUCUGCGCGGGAAGAUGGUGGAGCGAUGGGUGAUUUCCAUGCAGAGCAAAGGAGCAGACAUGGUCAAGAGCAAGAUGAUGCCGAUUUAGAUUCGCCGCUAGAUAAUUCCAAUUUCUUGUCCUUUGAAGAAUGGAAGAAUCAGAAUCUGGCCAAGGUUGGACAGUCGGCAGAAACUAUGCGAAGACAUAGACAAGGUGCCAGCAGGGGUAGUGAGCAUGGCGCGCAAGUGAGGAGAAGGCCUGUCUCGUCAGCGCAGAUUAAUGAUCCCCUCGAGGGCCUGGGUGAGGAUCCAGAGAUUGGCCUGGAGUUUGGAGGGUUCUCAACAGACGAGUCGGGAAUUGCGUCGUGGGAUCGGAAAGAAAGUGGAAUUCCUCCCGAUAUUGGUUCUGGUGCUGGGGGCCGCAAUGGAGCUGGUGAGGGAUCUCAACCAGCUUUUGAGCUCGUUGGUCAGGAUGCCGAGAAUAUUCCGCGUAAGGGAAUUGGCCGCCGGAAACAUGCAGGAACUACCUGUAAGGAGCGGUUCAACUAUGCAUCCUUUGACUGCGCCGCAACAAUCUUGAAAACAAACCCGCAGUGCACCGGUUCUUCCGCCGUGUUAAACGAAAAUAAAGAUAGCUACAUGCUGAAUGAAUGCAGAGCAAAGGAUAAGUUCCUUAUUCUAGAAUUAUGCGACGACAUACUUGUCGACACAGUGGUGCUAGCCAAUUACGAAUUUUUCAGCUCCAUCUUUCGCUCCUUUCGGAUCAGCGUGUCUGAUCGAUAUCCUAUUAAAGCAGAUAAGUGGCGCGUUCUAGGAACGUAUGAAGCUGCUAAUUCCCGCCAGGUUCAGGCAUUUGCCGUGGAAAAUCCCCUUAUUUGGGCGAGGUAUCUGAAGAUCGAGUUUCUGUCACAUUACGCGAAUGAAUUUUAUUGUCCUGUCAGCUUGGUUAGGGUGCAUGGUACCACUAUGAUGGAGGAGUACAAAAAUGAUGGCGAGGCUGCAAGGGCGGAUGAGGAGGAGGACGUGAACGCUCAGCUAGAAGAAGCACAGCAGCAGCAGCAACAACAACAGCAGCAGCAAAGGCUUGACGAACUUGCAGCAAUACCGGAAAAUAUCUCUAUCACUAAAGCGACUGUGGAUAUCUCUUUGGUUCCUCUCUCCAACCUAUCCACGCAUGAAUUGACGGAGCUGAGAUGUUUCGUGGAAAGGAAUGAAACUGAAAGCAUCUUGCUCGGGCUGGUAUCCGGCAAAAUGUGUGCUAUUCGAGAGAAAGCUGCCCAUAUCGAAAGACACCCCCCCACUGCCAGUCGUGCGGGAGACGAUCCUGCUGCACCUUCAAGUGGAUCAAUAAGCUCUCUCAGUGCUGCAGAACACAUACGUUCUGGCUCUUCGACCGGCGCGUCCAUGGCCUCUGAUAGACAAGAACCUCGGCGCAGUUCUACAAGCUCGUCUAUCACUGCGAAUGGCUCACAUACAGAGCCAACGAGGAUGAACGCUGGAGCCAAUACGCCACCCCCUGCCUCGCCGCCGCAUAACCCAUCUACCCAAGAAUCGUUCUUCAAGUCGGUUAACAAGCGACUCCAGAUGCUAGAGUCAAACUCUACACUAUCCUUACUAUAUAUUGAAGAGCAGUCCCGUAUCCUCCGGGAUGCCUUCAACAAGGUCGAAAAACGCCAACUCGCGAAAACAUCCGCGUUCCUAGAAAACCUUAACUCUACUGUGUUACAGGAGUUGAAGGAAUUUCGCCAACAAUAUGAUCAUCUCUGGCAUUCUGUCUUUAUCGAAUUUGAGCAGCAACGCCAGCAAUACCAUCGAGAAGUAUUUUCUGUAGCAGCCCAACUGGGUGUGCUUGCAGACGAACUCGUUUUCCAGAAGCGAGUUGCCGUGAUACAAAGUAUCUUUGUCCUCAUCUGCUUUGGCCUAGUAUUAUUUUCUCGCAGCUCGGUGGCGCCGUAUCUGGAGUUCCCAAGGGUUCAGAACAUUGUUACCCGUACACGGAGCUUCCGCUCUCCGUCGCCUACUUACGAUUCGCCGAUUGCAUCCGCAAGCCCUAGCCCGCCGCCGAUUAGCAGGGUAGGCUCAUCCAUGCUAAGUAGAGAUGAUGCAGAUGACCACCACCGCAGUCACCCGCAUCAUCAACGGAGCCCAUCAGAACAGACAGACUACGAAGUCGGGAAUCCCACCUUUGCAUAUUCUCCUCCCACUCCAACGUCUGGAACCUCGACCCCGGAUAGAGGUGUGAAACGCUCAGGGUUCCCCAUCGAGUCGCAACGCGCCCUCUCUGCUGUGAUCUCUGCUCCCAGCAGUAUUGCUUCGUUGACCGAUUCAGAUUCUGGUUUGAGGCAACGUGCUGUGAAGAAUACGAACGAGGAGAAACAUGAGUCUGAAUCUGAAGGCGAGGCCUGA